CCUGGCAACACUGCACGCCGUUUCAAUGACAUACGUCAAAAAAAGUAAACAAAUAUGACGUCAACAUCAUAGCAAUGAGUACUCAAAAAGGGAACUCUAGUAGAUCCCGGCCGCAAAAACACCAAAACCGUCACGCAUUCAAAAACACGUUGCACGACACAAGUCAUAAAACGAAAUCGAUAGUUUCCACUCAGGUGUCCAAUGUGUGCCAGAGAUGCAAAGAGAUAAUCGAGUGGAAAAUCAAGUAUAAAAAGUACAAACCACUUACACAAGCUAAGAAAUGUGUCAAAUGCGAGUUAAAAACGGUUAAAAGGGCUUACCACAUAAUGUGUGAUCCUUGCGGAGCUAAAUUGGGGGUAUGUGCCAAGUGCGGACAAGACAAAGAGGUUGUAGUUGCCCCACCCAGCGAGAAGGAACAGAUUCAGUUGGACGAGGAAAUGAAGGUGUUGUUGAAGAGUUUACCAGAGAGGAAACGAAGGACUUUUAUAAGAUAUAUGAAUAAAAGUGGUGAGGAGAAGGAAGAAAAGUUGCAAAAAGAAGAUAUUUUAAAUAAACUGAAUGCUUUAAAAGUCGAUGAUGGUGAUGAUGACUUAGAUGAUUUCAUGGGGUUAUCAGACGAUGAAGGCGACGAGCAUAAUAGUGAAAGUUGAAAUAAUAAUAGUUAUUGUUAAUAAUUUUUUUUAUUCAAAGAUGUUUUAUAAUUUUGUCUUAUUAAAUAGGAAAAAAAUAAUACUUUGGCUACAAAAAAUAAAUGCAACUAAUCUUU